CUGAGUAUCGCGCUAAGAUUAAAGGUCGCGCUUACGCUAUCAAGAAAUUCUUAAGAAAGUUUGGAGAUCUCAAGAACUUUUUUGCGCCCGAUAGCAUUGAACAUAUAUUUUUAAUAUACACAACACAAUACAACAUUCACAAUGGCUUCUGUUUAUAAGUCAUUAUCAAAGACCACUGGUCACAAAGAAGAUGGUCCUGCAAACGGGGUUAAGAAAAAUAAGCAAAGAGUUUUAAUCUUGUCUUCGAGAGGAAUUACUUACAGACAUCGACAUCUCCUCAAUGACCUUGCGUCCCUUCUUCCUCAUGGUAAAAAAGAUGCGAAACUCGAUACCAAGUCGAAGCUCUAUCAAUUGAACGAAUUGGCUGAAUUAUAUAAUUGUAAUAAUGUAUUUUUCUUCGAGGCGAGAAAAGGAAAGGAUCUUUACCUGUGGAUGAGCAAGGCACCCAACGGACCUACCGUGAAAAUGCAUAUGCAGAAUCUACACACAAUGGAAGAACUUCAUUUCACCGGAAACUGCCUCAAAGGAUCCCGACCCAUCCUUUCUUUCGAUGCCUCUUUUGAUAAGGAACCUCAUCUCCGCGUUCUGAAAGAACUAUUCCUCCAUAUCUUCGGUGUACCAAAGGGUGCAAGAAAAUCGAAACCUUUCAUUGAUCAUGUUAUGGGAUUCACAUUGGCAGAUGGCAAAAUCUGGAUUCGAAAUUAUCAAAUCAGCGAGUCAGAACCAUCGAAAGUGAAGGGCGCUGAAGAAGAAACUUCUACGAAAUCUAAAUCGAAGAGCUCGGGAGUCAGCGAGACGGAAUGCAACUUGGUGGAGAUCGGACCAAGAUUCGUGCUGACACCCAUUGUCAUUCAAGAGGGAAGUUUUGGUGGACCAAUCAUCUACGAGAAUAAGGAGUUCGUGUCGCCCAACCAAGUCAGAAGCGAGAUCAGAAAGAAGAAGGCAGGAAGAUAUAAUGCGAGAGCUGAACAGGGUAUUGAGAGACUGGCAAAGAAGGGAGAAUUGGGACUCAGAACGAGUGGAGGAAGACAGGCGCCAAAGGAUGCCCUGGAUAAUGCCGAGUUGUUUGCUUAGACUGAGAAGAUUCCCUAAUGGCGUUUGGUGCAUGGAAAAUAUGUAUAAGGGAGAAAUCAAGAGAAAAGUUUACUUUUUGCCAAACUUGGAACGGCUAACUGCUCAUUUGCGAAAACAUUCAAUGACAGAAAUAUCGAUAUGCACGCCUGCGCCCCUGCAUCACCACC